AUGGCUCUCAUGAUGGGGCUGUGGGGCCUGUUAUGCUCGAAACUCGUAGUACUUUGGAAGAUGCCGAGCUUGCGCGUCGUCAGGAUUUUGGAUGAACUACCGUCACAGAGAGAUUUUUUUGUAUGCUGGGCAUCUACAACAUCGAAGAUAUUGAUACAGCAUGGAGUCCGCUUCGAAGACUAUACUGGACAGCUGUUUCUUAACGACUCGUUACCAGACGACAGCCUCCGCAUUGAUUCCGCAAAUAAUUUAAUAAAGACACCUGCACCUGCCAGAUUCCCACGAAUGGUCAAUACUGCGCAGUUCGUGACGAGAAACCAACAGCUUUCUUGCUCAGGCCAUUCCACCAUGAAUCCUCCACCAGACAAUAUUAAUGCUCGAAGUAUAUCACAACCCUACGACGUACUGCGCAUCAUCUUCCAAUGGGCUACAUUUGUACCGAAUGCAUUCGAUAUACACGAACCAGAUUCAUUUGCAUAUCCAGCACCUUGGUCACAGGAAAAGAUUCAGGCAGCCUUAUUCAAAUCAAUGUGCACGAACUACCGCCUCGCUCUUGUUUGCAAGGCAUGGAACGAUGUUGCAACUCCACUGCUCUAUCGAUCAAUAUGUAUUGGUACAAGGAAGUCUAUUAUGAGAUGA